CGCAGCCUUAGAGCAUCACUUUCGGCGCUAGCCCAGACGUCACUUCCGGUGGCUAAGCGCGGAUCGGUACGACCAACGGACCGCGGAGCACCAUGCCCAAAUUUUACUGUGACUACUGCGAUACGUACCUCACCCAUGACUCUCCAUCUGUACGAAAGACACACUGCAGCGGUAGGAAACACAAAGAGAAUGUGAAAGAUUACUAUCAAAAAUGGAUGGAAGAGCAAGCUCAGAGCCUGAUCGAUAAAACGACCACAACUCUAGUUCACACCCUCACCAAGUUUAUCACCCUUCACGAGAUUGUUGCAUUAGUCUUCCAACUGAUUUCCCUGCAUGAAGUCUCUACCCAUUCCAGGUCAUCCCCUACUCAGCUGCUAAGCUGCUGCAUUUCAGCAAGGAAAAAUUCCUCCCAAUCCAUUCUCUGCUCCUCCACCAGGAGGGGCUAUGAUCCCACCUCCUCCUACUCUCCCGGGACCUCCUCGACCUGGUAUGAUGCCAGCACCCCAUAUGGGAGGGCCCCCUAUGAUGCCAAUGAUGGGCCCUCCUCCUCCUGGAAUGAUGCCUGUGGGGCCUGCUCCUGGGAUGAGGCCGCCCAUGGGAGGCCACAUGCCUAUGAUGCCUGGACCCCCAAUGAUGAGACCUCCUGCGCGUCCCAUGAUGGUGCCCACUCGGCCAGGAAUGACCCGCCCAGACAGAUAAGAAUAAAGGGAAAUCUGUUCGUGUCACUUUUUUAUUCCUUGUUCUACUCCACCCAAACACCAUGGUGCUGCACCUUCUGGGGUGUUUUCCAACAGCAUGGCAAGGAAGACUUGCUCCCACUUCUGUCAAAGAAGAAACCGUUUAGAAGGGAGCAGUGGGACAGAAAUGCAGCUUACAUUUAUAUUGUGAUGUGUAAAAAUAAAAGUAUUGACUGUUUUAGCUAUAGAAGGAUUUUUUUCACUGGUUUUUGUUGUUGCAAGAUGAAGAAUUCCAAAUGUGACUCUCCAGCCUUGAUGUUGAGUUCACAUUCUCUCAUUUCAUUGUAUCCUCCCUGCCCCGACCUGCAGGGCCAGUAUACGUGGGGGGUCGAGGAGGACCCUGGCUGAAGGGAAUGGGUGAAAAGGAGGAGUGAGACCAAAAGGAUGGUAGGCAAGGUCUAAUUUUA